AUGCCGCCGUCGUCGUCGUCACCGCCAGCAGCAGCAUACUACAACGCCGUCUGCCUGCCGCUCGAGUACUGCUCCAAGCAGUAUCGGGACGAGAUCAAGAGAGCAUCAUCAUCAUCAUCAUCACCACCACCACCAUCUAGCCCAGGGACACCAUCCUCCUCCAGCUCAGAGAAUAACACAUCAUCAUCUCUUCCAACACCACUAUGGACCCCCCCGGACCCCGAGGCGCCGCCCAUGUCCCGGUACCGGCACCACGUUAACGCCAAGUUCUCCGUGUCCCUGCGCGACUCGCACGAGCUGCACAGCUGGACGGUGCAGAACCCGCACCAGUUCUGGAUCGACCUGUACGGGUGGUGCGGGAUCGUGCCGCCGCUCCCCAAACACACGCGACUGGCGUACGACCCAUCGCUGCGGCUGCGCGAUAUCCCGACCUUCUUCCCGGGCCUGCGCCUCAACUACGCCGAGAACGUCCUGGGUCCGCACGUCGCAGCGCGCCCGAACGCCGUCGCCCUCGUCGGCCUGCGCGAGGGCCGUCUCGAUGACCCCGAGGACAUCACCUGGGCCGAGCUCGCCGAGCUGGUGCGCCGGGCCCGCUCGGCCAUGGUGCGGCGCGGGGUCAAGAAGGGCGACGUGGUCGCCGCACUGAUGGCCAACUCGGUCUGGAUCGUCGUGCUGUUCCUCGCCGCCGCGUCCAUGGGCGCCAUCUUCACCUCCGUGUCCCCCGACCUGGGCGCGUCGGGCUGCGUUAGCCGCUUCGCCCAGGUCGAGCCCAAGUGGCUGUUCGCGGACGUCGACGUGGCCGUGCGCGGCACCCGGCCCUCCAUGCUGGGCAAGGUCGUGCAGAUCCUCCAGGCGCUGCCGGCGUCAAAGCCCAAGCCGCGCCUCGUCUUCGUGCCCACUAGCCACCGCCCGCACCGCCAGCGCCACCUGGACUACAUCAGACCAGUCGAGGGCGCUAUAUCCCUGUUCGAGUUCCUGUCCGCCGCCCGCGCGCGUGACCGGCUCACCUACACGCGCGUCCCCACCGACCACCCGCUGGUGAUCGUGUACAGCUCCGGCACGACAGGGGAGCCAAAGUGCAUCGUGUCGCCGCACGUGUCGGUGCUGAACUACAAGAAGAUCUCGCUGCUGCACAACGGCCUGGGGCCCGGGUCGACCGUGUUCCAAUACUCGUCGACCAGUUGGAUCCUGUGGAACGUCAUGAACGGCCACCUGUCGGUCGGGAGCCGCGUGCUCUGCUACGACGGCGGCGCCCUGCACCCGGACCCGUCGACCAUGCUGCGCAUCUGCGCCCAGUACGGCGCCACCUACUGGGGCACGUCGCCGCGCUACCUGUUGGAGCUGGAGCAAUCGGGCAUCCGCGUGGCGGACUUUGACCUGUCACCCCUGAAGCUGGUGACCACCACGGGCGCCACCCUGACGGGCGAGCAGUUCCACUGGUUCUACCGCGCCUUCCCGCGCCAGAUCCACCUGUCCAGCGUCGCGGGCGGCACCGACAUCGCCUCGUCGUGGGUCGCCACCAACCCGGCCGGCCCGGUCUACGCCAAUGAGAUGCAGAUGUGGGCCCUGGGUCACGACUGCGACAUCCUCGACAGCGAGACGGGCCGGUCGUGCGCCAUGGAGGGCCGUCCCGGCGAACUGGUCUGCCGCAAGCCGUUCCCCAGCAUGCCGUGCAAGUUCUGGGGCGACACCAAAGACCACCGGAAGUACCGCGAGGCGUACUUUGAGAAGUUCCCCGUGGCCAGCAAGAGUAGUGAUACUGCUCCUUCUCCCGACGAUUACUUGGAUGUGUGGGCCCAGCACGACUUCAUCGUGAUGAACCCGGUGACCAAAGGCCUCCAGAUCCUGGGCCGCAGCGACGGGGUCCUGAACCCCAGCGGCAUCCGCUUCGGGAGCAGCGAGGUGUACAACAUCGUCGAGGGCCCGCAGUUCAACGCGCUGGUGUCGGACACGCUGUGCGUCGGGCGCCGGCGGCCCCACGACCGGGACGAAACGGUGUUCCUGUUCGUGGUGAUGGCGCCGGGCCACGAAGCCGACUUCACGCCCGACCUGGUCGCGCGGCUGCGCGCCGCCGUCGCCCAGGGCCUGUCGCCGCGCCACGUGCCCAAGUUCGUCGAGCGCGUGUCCGAGAUCCCCUACACCGUCAACGGCAAGAAGGUCGAGGUCGCCGUCAAGCGCGUCAUUUCGGGCCAGCAGGUCAAGGUCUCCUCCACCGUGCGGAACCCGGAGUGUUUGCGCGAGUAUGAGCGCUUCCGGGACCUGGAGAGGGAGCAGCAGCAGCCCUCGCGGAGCGGCAGGAGGAAUGCUAUCAUGGCUAAGUUGUGA